GCAUGAACAACGUGAGCUUCACCUACCCCACCAAGGACAAGCCGACCAUCAUGGACGUCAGCCUCACCGUGUCGCAGGUGAGCCGUGUGGCGGUGAUCGGCGCCAACGGUGCGGGGAAGUCCACUGCCAUCAAGGUGUUGGUGGGAGAACAGCUGCCAACGGAAGGUUCCAUUUGGAAGGCCCAGGGCUUGCGAUUAGCAUACGUGGCUCAGCACGCUUUCCAUCACUUGGAGAAGCACAUGCAGGAGACCCCGACGGCUUACAUCAUGUGGCGCUUCGCCGGCAACGAUGACCGAGAGUCCCUCGAGUUCAAGACCGAUGAGCUGUCCGUGGACGAAGAGAAGGCCCGUUCUCAGAAGUGGUGCAUUGACAGCGUGACGGGCAACGUGCGUCGCUGCACCGACCCCAAGGAAGAUGCGAAGAAGGCCAAGCAGGAUGAGGCCGGUGCAGUGAUCCCGGAUGCCAUUGUGAACCGCCGUCAGAAGAAGAAGGAGAAGACCUUCGAGUACGAGGUCAAGUGGCAGUUCAAGAGCAUGGACUCCAACACCUGGGUGGAGAAGGACACCUUGGUGAAGAUGGGCUACCUGAAGCUGGUGCAGCGCGAGGAUGAACGUCAGGCCGCGAUGGCUGGUCUGAUGACCAAGCAGCUGACGCAGCCAGGUGUUGAGAAGCACUUGGCGGAUUUCGGUGUUGAUGCUGAGAGUGCCAGCCACACGCAGAUCAACCAGCUUUCCGGAGGAAUGAAGGUGAAGGUGGUCCUGGCUGCGGCCAUGUGGCAGAACCCCCACGUGCUGAUCUUGGAUGAGCCCACCAACUACCUGGACCGCGAAGGUCUGGGAGCUUUGAUCCUGGCCAUCAAGGACUACAAGGGCGGUGUGCUCAUUAUCUCCCACAACAAGGAGUUCUGCGACAACGUGGCCACCGAGAAGUGGAUUAUGCAAGGCGGUCGCCUGCGUAUCGAAGGCGAGUCCGUUGACACCUCCAAGGACGAUGCCAGUGGUGCACAGGGACCCGAUGAGGUCUUUGAUGGCGCAGGAAAUAAGAUCGAGGUGAAGAAGAGCGUCACCAUGACCGAGAAGGACAAGAAGAAAGCCAUCAAGGACAUUGAGAAGAAGAUCAAGGAUGGCAAGAAGAAGCAGACCCUGACCGACGAAGAGGUCUGGGAAUUGGAGGACAAACUCAACGAGCUCAAGGAAAGCCUGAAGGGCAAGGAGUGAGUGGAGUUCUCUUUCCGCUUGAAGAAGCGAGGAAACAUCGACAUCUCACAACGGUGAGAGAAAAAAA